AUGCCGGCAAAGCCAAAGCAGCCUUGGUGGCGGGAGAAAACAUCAAUAUUGACAUCGAAAUACAGCAAUCGCUCUCCAGAAGAAACCUCUGGAUUGAUCAGCUCUCUGCUUUUCUGGUGGAUGAAUGGGCUGCUGAGUCGAGGCAACAGGAGCAUCUUGCGUGGUAGUCAGCUACCGCCUCUGGCAAGUGAGCUGGAGGCCGAGGGUUUGCGCAGGGAUAUCUUGCCAUCAUGGGACAGUAGAUCAAAGCCUGAAACGCUCCUGACACUGCCCAAAGUCUUGCUACGGUGUCUCUCAGGGCCUUUUCUUUCCGCCACUUUCCCUCGCUUAGGCCUCGUUACUUUCAGAUGCUGUCAACCUAUUCUCAUUGAACAAGCUGUGCGCUAUGUUCAAGGAUAUACAAAGGGAGAGGAUGCCAACGAGGGCUAUUGGUUGGUCGUAGCGGCUUUUGUCGUCUACUUGGGCCAAACUUUCUCAUCAUCGAGAUAUUAUCAUCGCCUCAACAAGCUUGAGCUUAUGAUUCGCGGAAGUCUCACAACGUUAAUCUACAACAAAGCAUUGACCAUCGGCUCGCACGUUUCCGAUACGGGGAAAGUAUUGACCAUCAUGAGCACGGACGUAGAUGGUGCAGCAGAAGCAGGAAAGAUGCUUCAUGAAGCUUGGGCAAAGCUCUUUGAGCUCGUGCUGGGUGUGAUCCUUCUGGUUCGAGAAGUCAAAUGGCUUGCUCCGCUUCCUUUCAUCAUAAUCAUCUUUUGCUCUCAGAUAAGCCGUUAUGUCGCAAAAAACAUUCGGUCCAGACAAAAGGGCUGGAACAUGGCCACUCAGCGCCGGAUAUCGGCCCUGAGCUCAAUCCUUGGGUCGAUGAAAAGCGUCAAGUCUCUGGGUGUAUCAGGAGCAAUGAUAGAAUAUAUCGAUCAGCUGCGGCAAGACGAGAUUAACAGUUCAAAGAAUGUUCGCUGGAUGAAUGCUAUUUAUAACGCAAGUGCAAAUGCUCUUGGAAUUUUUGCACCUGCAGCUACGAUUGUGGUAUUUGCUGUUGUUGCUCGCUUUCAAGGCUCCCAACUGAGUGUCAGCACGGCGUUUACGACUGUUGCCAUCUUGGCCCUCGUAACUGAACCUGCGAAUAUGAUCAUGACGAUCGUGCCCAACGCUGUUGCAACUUCAGCCAAUUUCGAGAGGAUCCAAGCAUAUCUACUCGAGUCACCGCGUACAGACAAGCGCCAUGUUAUGUCUCAGCCUGUAGAUGCAUUGAGAGCAGAUAUCACGGAAGCUGCUGUAACUCUUAAUGGGGUAACUGUAGAAUCUCCAUCGACAAAAGAGACACUCUUGCAGGAUGUCAAUUUGGUACUUCACCGAGGCUCUACAACUGCUUGCUCUGGGCCUGUUGGAAGCGGUAAAUCAAUACUUGCUCGAGUGAUAUUAGGUGAAAUUGCGCCAUCCGAGGGUAACAUUACAGUCUCGUCCGCAUCGAUCGGCUUCUGCGAUCAACAGGCAUGGCUACCAACUGGCAGAGUCAAGCAGAUUGUAUGCGGCUUUUCUGUGACCAUUGAUAAAGAAAGAUAUGACGCUGCUAUCCGUGCUUGCUGCCUCGAUCAUGAUUUAGGCACUUUUCCUGAAGGCGACGAUACCAUUGUUGGCAGCCGAGGGAUCAAUCUUUCAGGUGGACAAAGGCAGAGACUUGCGCUCGCACGUAUAGUAUAUUCUCUUCAUGAUAUUGUAGUACUAGACGAUCCGUUUAGCGCCUUGGAUGGCAACACCGAGAACGCAGUGGUGGACAACUUGCUUGGGCCGAAUGGCUGGUUCAGGAAGAACAACACUGCGGUGUUUUUGGUUACGAAUUCUGCCCAGCAUUUCCACGUCGCAGAUGAGAUAUUGGUCCUCGAACAGGGCCGUAUUGCAUCACAAGGAUCAUGGGAUGAGCUAAAGUCUACACUAUCAGACUUAUCCAAAUUUACAUUUGCAGAAGCAACGAAGAGGCUCGAAGCUGUUCCCAAGACUGUUAAGAGAACAUCGCAGGCUAGCACGGAUGCUGAAGAGGAUCUGUAUCGAAAAACAGGCGACUUCUCGCUUUAUUCAUACUAUCUCAAAUCUGCCGGUGCUAUCAAUGUGGUCAUGCUGCUUGGGUGCUCAGCAGCAUAUUCCUUCGGCAUGUUCUUCCCGCAGUAUUUGCUAAAGUGGUGGACAGAAGGUUCCCCAGAUCAGUCGACUUAUUACAUGAUUGGCUAUCUCUCGCUCGCCCUCCUUGCUUGGACCGCAACAAAUGGCAGCACAUGGAGUACAUCCAUUUUGAUAGCCCCGAGAUCUGGUGCCGUGCUGCACCAAUCUCUUCUUCGAACGAUAUUUGGUGCACCGCUCUUGUUCUUCUCUACUACAGAUAUUGGCGUUAUUCUUAACAGGUUUAGUCAAGACAUCUCUUAUGUAGAUCGACAACUGCCUUAUGCUCUGAUAACCAUCUGUACUCAAAUCUUCAAGAUGCUGGCUCAGCUAGUGCUAAUCAUGAGUAUUCAGAAAUGGCUAGCUCUUUGCCUUCCAGUUUGCGUCGUUGCCGUCUAUCUCAUACAAAGAAUCUACCUCAGGACCUCCCGCCAACUGCGAGUCCUCGAACUUGAGUAUCAAUCAUCGCUCUACCAAUGGUUUCUGGAAACAGCGGAAGGCGUCGUCACGAUACGGUCUUUCGGCUGGUCUUUUGCAGCUGAAGAGAAGAGUCUUGAUGCGCUUAACUGGUCCCUCCGACCGCGUUAUGCUCUCAUGUGCGUGCAGCGGUGGUUAAGCCUGGUUCUUAACUUGAUUGUCAAUGGAAUUGCAAUUGGAUUGAUUGCCCUUGCUGUGAAAUGGAGAGGCACCACCACUGGGGGAGAUAUAGGCGCGGCACUCAACUUGAUUUUUGUUGCAAACACGACCUUGGUGCGACUGGUGGAGUCUUGGGCAUCUUUGGAAGUGUCUCUUGGCGCAAUUGCGCGACUUAGAAACGUGGAGCUGUUUACUCCUCGGGAGGAUCUUCCCGGAGAAGAUCUUCUGACACAUGCUGGGUGGCCGACCAAGGGAGAAGCGCACAUAGCAGAUCUCGAUGCGGCAUAUAGCUCUGAUCAUCAAAUCUUGCACAAUGUUAGCAUUGAUAUCCGGGCCGGUCAAAAACUUGUCAUUUGUGGUCGAACUGGAAGUGGAAAGAGUACAAUCCUCGCUGCUUUGCUGCGGUUGAUUGAUAGUACUGGAGUAGUCAAUGUGGACGGACAAGAUCUGCUUCGCACCCCUAGGUCAAUCGUUCGACAGAAGUGCUUCAUAACCAUCUCUCAAGAGCCAUUCUUGAUACCCCAAGCUACCUUGCGUUUUAACCUGGAUCCUCAUUCCAUCGUUUCUGAUGAAGUACUUGAAAUGGCCCUGCAAAAGGUCGGCAUCUGGUCUUCGCUUUCGAGCAGGAGUGACACUUCAGCAGAAGUAUUAAACUGCGAAUUUUCCGCAUUGCCCGUCCUGUCCGUGGGGCAACAACAGCUUCUUGCUAUGGCUCGUGCCAUAGUUCGUAAGCAUGCUUUGGCUGAGCCGGAUUAUCCUGGAGCUGAUGCGCCAAAACCGAUCCUCCUCUUGGACGAGGCCACGUCGUCGCUUGACUCGGCUACAGAGGCAGCCAUUUACAAUGUUUUGGAGAGCGAAUUCAUCCAGUUAGGAUAUACGGCGGUCAUUGUAGCUCAUCGGCUGAGCGGUGUUGCGGGAAGAAUGAGACCGGAUAAGGACAAGGUGGCUUGGGUCAAGGAUGGGAGAGUCGUAAAGUACUUCAAACAGUAG